CGUCACGUCACGUACGUUCCGAAACUCGUAUGGCCCAGCAGGCAGUCCCCGCGUGCUAACGUUCUGAUAAAUCUUCCCCCGUGUAACACCCAUGUUUGCGAGGCUCUCUAUCGCAGGAGGCGCCGUUUCGCUGCUCUCGCUUCGCCUCUUGUGGAAGGUGGGCUGAGUUCCAGCAGCCACUCCCCUCUUGUUGUUGUUGUUGUCGUCCCCGGGUGUUCCGUUGCUCGUUCAACGGCUCCAACCGUCACCCUCUCCCGCCGUCGGGAGCUGGCCGGCUUGGCCGCGUGCAUGCAGCAGAAUGGCUCGAGCGGUUCGAACGGCUCGGACGGCUGUGGCGGCAGGGAGCGGCAGGCGCUGUCCUUCAGCCCGCUGCCCGCCGCCACUACGCGGGUGAGGCGGUUCAUUCAGGACAGACAGAGGACGCUGCCGCUGCCCAAAGUGAUGGUGGUGUUCUCGGCCGCUGGGGACGCGGACAAACCGAGCGAUGCCAUGUCAAGCUCGGAGCCUACGGAGGAGGGCGACGGCGGCCGAAAACCGCCGGCCUCCCCCUCGCCGAAGCACCGCGCGCCGAGCAAGCCGCUGCGCUCCUCGCUGAACACCCAGGAGCAGCAGGAGUUUCCAGAGGUCAUCUCCCUGAACGUCGGGGGCACGUACUUCACCACACGCCUGUCCACGCUGCGGCGAUACGAGGACACCAUGCUGGCCGCCAUGUUCAGCGGCCGCCAUUACAUCCCGCGGGACGCCGAGGGACGCUACUUCAUCGAUCGGGACGGUGCAUUCUUUGGGGACAUCCUGAACUUCCUGAGAGAAGGAGAGCUUCCCCACCAGGACAGAGUCAGAGCGGUGCACAGAGAGGCUCAGUAUUACGCCAUCGGGCCGCUGCUGGACAGCCUGGAGGACAUCCAGCCUCUCACAGGGGAGAAGGUCCGACAAGCUUUCCUCGAUCUGCUGCCCUAUUACAAAGACAACCUGGAGCGCAUCGUGGAGAUCGCCAAGCUGAGGGCCAUGCAGAAGAAGGCGCGCUUUGCCAAGCUGAAGGUCUGCGUCUACAAGGAGGAGAUGCCCAUCACGCCGUACGAGCGUCCUCUCUUCAACUCUCUGCGCUUCGAGCGCUCGGACAGCGAGGCCAAGCUCUUCGAGCACCACUGCGAGGUGGACGUGACCUUCGGGCCGUGGGAGGCGGUGGCGGACGUCUACGACCUGCUGCACUGCAUCGUCAGCGACCUGGCGGAGCGCGGCAUCUCCGCCGAGCACCAGUGCAUCGGCGUCUGCGACAAGCACCUGAUCAACCACUACUACUGCAAGAGGCCCAUCUACGAGUUUAAGAUCACGUGGUGGUGAAGCCCGUCGGACCCCAAAACCCCAGCGGGUUGUUGGAUUUUUACUAGAACUCGGUUAACACUAAAAUUUUGUAUUGAAACUGACAAUGUUUUGUGCUGACGUCUUAGAAUGUGACCCUUUAAAUCCCGCAGUGAGUAUUU